GAAUGUUCAAUAGAAGUUUUACCAUGUGUGCCUAUUUGUUUUAAAAAAAGAAGUUGCCAAUUACAUAUGGUUGUUAAGUUGUAAAGUACAGAAGUGUUCUAAAUGAUUAAUUAGAAUAAAAUCAAAUUAAUGUUGAACAUAAAUAUGUGCUUGUGUAGUUUUGCUGCAGUGGAAUGGCGGCAGUGAAGGGAAACUACUUGUAACUCUUAUUGAUUCCAUUGACUGGAAUAAUAGACAGAUUCUAAAGUUUCACUUUUUAAAACAAUUUGACGCCUUUGUAUCAAGAAAAGAAGAGAAGAAAAGACAAAUCGCAGAUACUUUUUGAAAUGGUUUUUAGAGGCCAUAUAUAGUCAGCUUGUACACGAUUGCUCAAUAUUUAAUAUUUAAAGAUUUACGAGAAUUAUUCAUAAGGAAAAGGGGAUGAUUUGUGUGAUUUACAGUUAAAGAUAGGGAGGAAAGGCUUUGAUAGGAAUCUUCAAUUAAUUGAAGUGAAAAUCAUUACGCUUGCAACCUGGGUAGUUUCAAAUGCUAUUAUCUCGAAAAAGGAUUUCCUAUUAAUCACAACUGCAGGAUUUUAUCUUAAAUGAAAGAAAAAUAAAUAUAUUGAUGUGACAAUGGCUAAUGUAGGUUUGUUUAUAAAAUAUAAAACAAUUUGUAAGUCAGACAGGAUCUUUUUUUCCUAAAAAAAGUUUAUGGAAGUACAAAGCUUUGAAAAAGAAAUGUUUGCUUCAAAUGGAUACUUACAAAUUGUGAGGAUUAAUUAUUCAGACCAAUUUAUUGAUCAUCCUGUAAAACAAAUUACCUACUAAACUACACAGAAUCUUGCCGCUGGACAAUUAAAGUACAGAACAUACUAUGUCACUCUCAUAGAUUCUUCAACCCAAAAUGACAUCAAAACAAAAAUUGAAAUUUGCUGGAAAUACGAUGGAAGAGGAAAAGCCACUUUUUGACAAGGAGGGCAAUGUGCGGCUGGAGGAGGAGAUGAAGCUGCACCACCUGGAGCAGCUCAUGUACCGCUUCAUGAAACACAAGCCCGAAGACAUCCUGCUACAGGCUGGAACAGGGUUCUUUCCCGCCAAGACACAGGCCCGCACUCCCGGACAGAUGAACCUGAAGGAGUUCAAACAGACUGUCUCUGAUGUACUGAUGACGGAUGAAUAUGAUGACUACCUUGAAAAACUCUUCAUGAAGCUGGACUCAUCUGGCAUUGGCUAUGUGGACUGGAACGAAUUCUGUACGUACCUGCUGCUUCUUUACCGGGAAAACGACUACAUGAGGACCAAACGGGAAAUACCUUUCCUUGUUGAACCCAAAAUCAGACACAUUGUCCAAAAUCGGCAAGAGCAGACAACCAAGAUCGUUGCGGUGGAGAGCCCCACACGAUACGUAACUGUCAGCAGGGAAGGUGCAAUAAGUGUGUGGUAUCCCAGCAUGCAGUAUGACCGCUACUACGUGAUCAGCGAUGACGAGGAGGACUCCAGUCAGAAGAGACGCUUCAAGAUGUGGGUCACUGAUGCCAUCUACAUGGCCAACUGCAACAAAAUUGCCAUAGCUUCCACAUCCAGGGAUAUUAGAUUCUUUGAUACCUCCACUUCACAGUAUUUUGAAGAGUGGCAUUUGUUUGCUUUACCUGAUGUACCCUACUGUUUUGACUAUUGGUAUGACAAGAAGAACCCUAACUCAGAGAGCCUGUUAAUAUUUGGUAACGACACCGGGGCUAUCAACAUCCUCUACUUCAGCAAGCCAGUCACAAUGCUCUUUAACGUGCCCUUCAAAAAUGAGGGCGGUGCCCACAAAAUAUUCAUGCAGAACCUACCGGACCAUUCAAAGUAUGUCCGGCAUGUUGUGAUCCCAGAUGUUCAUCCAGAGCUAAUCCGGCAGGUUCAGUUUGUGCCAGAUAACAACAUGAUAAUCUCAUCGUGUGCCAACCCAGCAAAGUCCAUGAUAAUAUCUGAUAUCAAGUCACUCAAGAAGAGCUAUGUGUUCAAAGUGGAUAAGGGUGUUGAGUGUUUCGACUUCAGUAAGAAGUUGAACAUCCUGGUGACUGGAAGCCUGGACCACUGUAUCCGGCUCUGGAACCCAUAUGUCACCUCCAAACCCAUGGCCAUCCUAGAGGGCCACGGCACGGGGGUCAUAGGGGUCAAAAUACACGAGGGUCUCUUGCAGGUCUUCAGCUACUCCAAGGAGGCUGUGGUGAAGGUGUGGGACCUGAAGGAGCAUGCCAUCUUGCAGACUGUGGUGCUGAAGUUCCCGAGCAGUAUCCACGGGAGGAUGCCAGAACAUGGCCAGUUUCCCGUGCACCUACAGCCCUCACCACAGAGUUCCCUCCUUGUCACGUGCAACGACUACAUCGGCAUGCUCAAGCUGGGGCAGACAUCGAUACCGCACAGUGACGCCGUCAAUACUCAUGAUACUCAACUAUGUUGUGCCAUAUAUAACCCUAUGUUUAAACAGGUAGCUACUGGUUGCGACUCGUCUGUGAUCGCCCUGUGGGACAUUGAGACAGGGAACAAAUCAGUGGUGUUCUCAAAUGCGCACGGGGAGGAGGAGAUUACAUGCAUGACCUUUGACACCUCAUACAGGAGACUCUUCUCGGGGGCCAGAAAUGGCACCAUCAAGGUGUGGAACUUCCAGAAUGGGCACAACCUGCAUAAGCUGGAGGCCGUGGCAGAGGCUGAGGUGACAGGAAUUAUGCCCCUUCUUGACAAGAAGAUCAUCCUUUCCGUGGGAUGGAGCAGACAGAUCACACUGUAUGAGGACACAGACCCUGAUAGCAUGUAUAUUCAAGCGAAUAAGAACUGGAAAGGGGGACAACUGCACAAGGAUGACAUACUCACUAUAGACUUCUGUCCCCCUAAUCUGCUGUGUACCGCUAGUUUUGACGGGGAAAUUAUCGUCUGGGAUGUGGAGACAGAAAAAAUAUUUGUGAGAUUACGGAAAGGACAGGCUUCAAAUCUUGUGAAAAAGAUCGAGGACAUGUCAUCUACAGCUCCAAUGGAAAAUGGCCGCCCCCAAUCUAUGAACUCUCGCCCGAACUCUCGCCAUCGGAAAUCACACAAACUGCAACGAGGAAAUACAUGGAAAGAAAUCUUGCUACAGUGUAGCCAGACUGCUCCAGUGGACAAGGUGUUGUUCCUGCGUGGGCGGGCGUCAGGACGUAACAUGGAGGUAGCCACUCUCGUCACCAGCGAGGGCGGCUACAUACGCUUCUGGUGUCUCUACGGGGCCAGGAAUGAGAUGGGUUACUUCUAUGCCCCUGACCAGGGUGAUGAGAGUGUGUUGGGUAUUUGUACCAAUGCCAACAAUAGCCUGCUGGUGACAGGCGACACCACCGGACACAUCAAGGUGUGGGAUAUCAUGGCUCACUGCACUCACUUCCAGGAUAAGGGGAGAAUCAAGAAUAAGCCCCCCCUGGAGGCCGCCUGGCGUGCCCAUGAUGCAGCCAUUGUGAGUGUAGAAUACGCGAAACACGACACGGGGGAGUAUGUGAUCUCCGCAUCCACAGACAAGACCGCUCGAUUGUGGACCCUCAGGGAUGGACAGUAUAUUGGCACCUUUGGACAGAAGCGUUCCUGGAACCUCAAGGAGCCUUCAACGUGGGCCCACCCUAAGACGCCGUGGACCAUGAACUCCAAGGACUCCAAGAAAGACUCAGACUACUUUGAGUUUUUGCGGAGUGUGAAGUAUAACUUGGAAGAUGCUUCCACGGUGACAUCGGACAGUAAGAGCCAGGUUACAGAAGGUGACCUAGAUCUACAUGGAGACCCUGAGGUCACCCAACCCAUUCCCCAAACCUUCCCCGCCAAGUCCCCUGAGCAGGCCCCACCCCCCUCACAGGUGAAGGUCACUGAACCCCCAGAUGAGCCAUCUCCACCAACAAAGCAACCCAAACAGAGAACAUUAAGGCCGGUAGAUAAGCACGGUGAAGGGGAGUUGAACAAACUGAGAGUGAAGUUUCGCUCUCAGACGUUCUCAUACAGUCCCGCGCGCCCAGAGAGGUCCAAGACUUUCCUUGGUAUCAAAGUGGAGAGCGAAUUGCAGCGUAAACAGCGAGACCGUAAGGGGCGACGGGAAAACUUUGGGGGUAUCACGCUGAAAAAGACGCAGCAGUAUGGAAAGCUGUGCUCCCCAUUUCAGGCCCUGUCAGUUCCGAAUGUUGCGGACAUCAAGAUUCCUGCAAACAUGCCUUUGAGUUCACGCAUGAUCAACAAGGGCUAUUCCUCUACCAACAUCAGUGAGGAGACCCUCAUGACGAUGGACUUUGGGUACGGGGGUCGGGACUCACCCCUGGGUGAACAGGGAGAGGUAACCAGCCCAAGGAAAACUGUUGCUGCAAGCAGGGCGGGCAAUAGGGAUGACAAGUCCAGAAACUCUGUGAGAAACACACCUAAAGUUUUUGCUCCAACAUUCAAGAAGCAUCAUACUGUGGCAUGAUGUAGUGUAUGUCUCAGCCAAAUAAUUGGUAUAAAACUUUUUCAAAAAUAACACAAUUACAAAUGUACAGUAAUCAUUGGCACAUGCCCGCUUGUUUUUUUUAUUAUGACAAGCACUAGUGUAAAGAUUUGGGAUUGUUCAUCUGAAGGUUUAAGUUUAAAGAUGUAAAAAAUAAUUAUUUUACAUGCUAUCAGUAUUUCUUUUUUUAUUUAUUGAUGUUUAACAUGACUUUUGUCCAUACAUAUUACAUUAUACAUUUUUGUUAGUUACUCCUUUGUUUCCAUAGUUUUAGUAUAGUCUUAAUAAAUUAAUACUACAUACAUUUUUCAAUUGUUAAGUUUGAUUUAUGUUGAUAAAUCAAAUGCCAUCUUUGUAGCAUAAUUAUUUUGUUUACAUUAUACAAUAAUUAUAUGCAUAUAAGUGCUGUGAUAUGAUAAUGUUUUGUUGAAAAUGG